AUGUGGACGUUGGUUUUGUCAAACACGGCGGGAGCGCCAGGCUCGGAUGAAUUUCGCCUACCAGAAGAGGGCGUGGCACACAUCGUCUUGGGUGCUACCUUUCAAUACCCUGGUGUGAUACGCGAACUGCAUUUGCCGGGUCUCAUACGUGAGCUUGGCCGCAUUGUUGUUGGGCCUUUCGGAGUAAAACUAGAAGCCAUUGCAGACACGGUAACCAUCUUGCCCAGUCAACCGCAUAUGAAUGGCCCAUCGACUGCCAUGUUUCAAUUACAACCACGGAGCGGCGAACACUCAGAAUCAAUUCUCCUGCGCCAUGGUGAUGUGUUACGAUUUCCGACAUCUGAGUCUCGUCUCACUUGUCAAUGGACAGACUCCGAGGUCCAGGUAAACUCGUCAGCCGCGGCCAACAUCAUUGGUGUUGUUGAAACACUUGAAGACGACAACGAAGACGAGAAUACAAUCGAACCCACUACCGGUGCAGUGUCACUAAACCAGAAGCAGUCACAGCCGCAGCCUCGAGCGACGCCUCGGCUUUCAAACCAACCAUCGGUUACUAUUGUUCAAGAAACCCCAACCACGAGUCGUGUAGAGCAUGUACCAGAUUCUCGUGAGGCAGAUGUCAAACCACCAGACUUUCUCAGCGACGUCGAUAAACCAGUAGAGGAUGUGCCUACCUUCUCGAGGGGUUUUGAACCGGAGCGGGAGCGGGAGCAAGAAGCAGAGGCUUUCUCGACAGCCAGUACUGGCGAAUCACAGGGCCAUGCACAUUUAAAGCUAUCUUCAAAUGCUAGAGUGUCUUCACCGCGGGUGCAAAUACCAGCCAGAUUAUCUAAGAAGCGCGCUCUUCCCACAGCAGAGGAACAGGCCCCGGAGUCUGAUAACGAAGCACUUGCUGGGUCUAGCAAGCGUGCAAAAACGAGCGAUAGUGACACUGACGACAGUCGGUUGAGUAGUGUUGACAUUGCUACGGCGGACGUAUCAUCGAUGCUGCCACGAUCGCAAAGGAACUUGCAACGAUCCACAGCCAUAACAACGGAAGAUUACAACGGCCCAACGCCUCGUAUAGCCUGCAGCAACUCUACCAUUGUUAAGACAAGCCAAGCUGUUAAGUUCCUGAAGAAGCAAGGCGGGGCAUACGUGGAAAAUUUGUCGGACGAUUUCAACGUUCUGUGCGUAAGAGACGGUGGUCUUCAGAAGACAACAAAAGUACUCUAUGCUAUCGCUCGCGGCAUUCCCAUCGUUACCGACCAGUGGCUAUACGAAUCUGCGUCAGCUAAGCGUCUCCUCGCCGUUUCUGCUUUUAAGCCAUCCAUCCCUAAGCAAGAAGAGGAGUGGAAACUCAAACUGAAAGACAUCCUCGGACAACCACAAACCCCUUUCGUGGACUACAAUGUUCAUUUCACGAAGAGCCUCAAGACAAAAUACGCAUCUUUCUCCGAAAUUGAGGUGGUAGGCAAAGCCGCGGGCGCGAAGAAUGUAACGACUGGUACGGCGAGGGUGAAGAAGCUGAAAAGCAACAUUAUCCUUGCAGACGACGGAGACGAUGUAGAGGCACAGAGACUGAUGAAAGACGGAAUAACGUGCUACACGAAGGACUUCUUCACAUUCAGUAUCCUGCGAGGUGUCCUCGAUCUCGAAAGCGACGAGUUCAAGAUCGAAGGAGUCGUUGCAGCCGCUGAGACACCUCUUAAGGAACCGAAGAAGAAGCGAGGCCGGCAGAGUACUUAG